GGACGGCGGGGCCGGGCGGGCGGGCGGCGGCGGCGCUGGGGCCCCAUGGCAGGAGCCCCCAUGGCCGGCGCGGGGCGCCCCCAGCGCGUGAGCAUGCAGGAGCACAUGGCCAUCGACGUGAGCCCCGGCCCCAUCCGGCCCAUCCGGCUCAUCUCCGCCUACUUCCCGCACUCCUACCCCGCGCCGGAGCCCGCCCGCGCCCCGUCCUCCGCCCCGCGCCCCCCGCCGGCCCCGUCGCCCCCCGACUCGGAGCCCGAGGGAGACUCGGACGACAGCACUGCCCUGGGCAUCCUGGAGUUCACGCUUCUCUUCGAUGCUGACAACAGUGCCCUGCACUGCACAGCCCAUCGGGCCAAGGGCCUCAAGCCACCAGCCUCAGGCUCUGUGGACACCUACGUCAAGGCCAACCUGCUGCCAGGGCCCAGCAAGGCCAGCCAGCUUCGCACACGCACCGUGCGGGGCACAAGGGGACCCAUCUGGGAAGAGACACUCACCUACCACGGCUUCACCCGCCAGGAUGCCGGGCACAAGACCCUGCGGCUGUGUGUGUGUGAGGACCCCCGGCUGCGGCGCAGGCGCAGGGCGCCCCCUCUGGGGGAGCUGCAGGUCCCCCUGAGGAAGCUGGUGCCCAACCGAGCCCGGAGCUUCCACAUCUGCCUGGAGAAGCGGAGGCCGGCCAAGAGGCCCAAGGGCCUGGACGCAGCCCGAGGCAUGUCCCUGUACGAGGAGGGGGCGGAGGCCGCGGGGCAGGAGCGCGGGCGCAUCCUGCUGUCCCUGUGCUACAGCUCCCAGCGCGGGGGCCUGCUGGUGGGGGUGCUGCGCUGCGCCCACCUGGCCCCCAUGGACGCCAACGGCUACUCCGACCCCUUUGUCCGCCUCUUCCUGCACCCAAACGUGGGGAAGAAGUCCAAGUACAAGACCAGCGUGCGGAGGAAGACCCUGAACCCCGAGUUCAAUGAGGAGUUCUUCUACCCCGGCCCCAGGGAAGAGCUGGCCCGGAAGGCGCUGCUGGUGUCCGUGUGGGACUACGACCUGGGCACAGCCGACGACUUCAUUGGUGGGGUACAGCUGAGCGGCCAGGCCGCGGGGGAGCGCCUGCGCCACUGGCGUGAGUGCCUGGGCCACAGCGACCGCCGGCUGGAGCUGUGGCAUCCGCUGGACGACGCACCCCCGUUUGGUGACCCCUGAGCACAGGGCCCCGUGCGAGGCCCAGCCCCUCACAGCCGACACAUCUGCGAAAGCUGCCAGGGGCCCUGGCUCUUCCCCCACCCGUUCUAGCCCCCCCUCCGCCGCCUUUCAGUCACCCCACCCCAAGUCAUGAACCCCAAAUAAACACCUGCUUCU